CUGGCUCACUGAGGACAGCACAAAUUAUUCCCUGGGAAUCGGGUUCAACAACAAUCAGAAAUGUCCAACACGGUCUCUGUAUUCUUGGCACUCCUCUGCUAUCUGCUGCUCCAGUCCUCAUCCUGUAGCGGCAGUAGGAUCCUGGUGGUACCUGUUGAUGGCAGCCACUGGAUCAACAUGAAGAUAAUCCUUGAAGAGCUUCACUCUCGGGGACAUGAAAUCACAGUUCUGCGCUCUGCCAAGAGCUGGUACAUCCCCAGUAACUCCUCCAUUUAUACCUCCAUCAAUGUCCCAAUGUUGGAAGAUGAUUCAGACAGAGACUUUUCAAUCAAAAUGCUCCAAGAUGUCAUGAAUCGCCGCAGCUUUUCCACUUUUAUAAGCACGUUCUACCAACAGCACUUGCUCACAUCUGCAAUAGGAGAUGGUCAUAAGAUGCUGGCUAGAUGUGCUGCUAAAAUUUUAGAGGACGCAAUGUUAGUAAAUAAGUUACAGGAUACUAAAUAUGACAUAAUGUUGACAGACCCUGCCCUUACUUUAGGGGUUAUACUGGGCGCUUACCUCAAGCUGCCAAUGGUUUUUAAUGUUCGUUGGAUUAAUACAGGGGAGGGACACUUAACAAUAGCUCCCUCUCCUGUCUCCUAUCUCCCUGUACCAGGAAGUGAGCUUCACAAUCAGAUGGAUUUUCUAGAGAGGAUAAAGAAUAUGUUACAUUUUCUCUACAGUGUUUAUGACCAAUACUUCAUCAUUAACCCAGCCUACUCAGAUCUAUUCCAGAAACACUUCCCUCCUGGGACUGACCUGGUGUCUUUGGAGCUCUCAGCUGAUAUCUGGCUUUUCAGGGCAGAUUUUGUUUUUGAAUUUCCACGGCCCACUAUGCCCAAUGUGGUGUACGUAGGAGGGUUCCAGUGCAAAAAGGCCCAUCCUCUCCCUGAUGAUUUGGAGGAAUUCAUGCAGAGUUCCGGGAAACAUGGGGUGGUGGUCAUGUCUCUGGGAACACUGGUGUCAGCUCUGCCUCCUGAGAUCACAGAGGCCAUUGCCGCUGCAUUUGCUCAGCUCCCUCAGAAAGUGAUUUGGAGGUUUGGAGGUGACAAACCUUCAUCUCUGGGAAAUAACACCCGGCUGGUAAAAUGGUUUCCCCAGAAUGAUCUCCUGGGCCACCCCAAGACUCGUGUCUUUAUAGCCCAUGGAGGCACUAAUGGUUUGUAUGAGGCCAUCUAUCAUGGUGUUCCUGUUCUGGGUUUGCCCCUCCUAUUUGAUCAGUUUGACAACUUAUUAAGAAUGAAGGUGCGCGGUGCAGUCCGGGUUGUGGAGGCCCGAUCUUUGACCAAAGACAAUUUCCUGGAGGCUCUAAAGGACGUUUUAGAGAAUCCGUUUUACCGUAAAAAUAUCCAACGUCUUUCUCAGCUACACCGUGACCGACCAAUGCCUCCAAUGGACACUGCCAUCUUCUGGAUAGAGUACGUCAUCAGAAACAAAGGAGCUGCCCAUCUGCAGUCCGCAGGUUUUAGUCUGCCUUGGUAUUCCUACUUCUGCCUAGAUGUAGCAGUCUUUUUUUUAGCCAUAACUGGAGCUUCCAUCUGCAGCUCUGUCUUUGCCUGUAGGGUGCUCUGCUGCAGAAGAUCCAGCAAGAAAAGGAAAACAGAAUAACCCUUUGUAAAAACUGUUCAAUUUCUUGAUGAACUACAAGUACUUAUUAUCCUUAAAUAGGAUCUUUCAGCACAUGAAAACAAAAGAAAGCUGGUGGACCUGAUAAUGUCUCCCCAUCAUGCCUGAAAGCCUGUGCACAUCAACUCGUCCCUAUCUUCACCCUGAUCUUCAACAAGUUACUGGAGACGUGUGAGGUCCCCUCCUGCUUCAAACGAUCCACCAUCAUCCCGGUGCCCAAGAAACCCACCAUCCUAGGAUUAAAUGACUACAGGCCUGUAGCCCUGACGUCUGUGGUCAUGAAAUC